CAGUGUCGUAGCUCUCACGACACACUUCCGCACACACUCGACGAACGGACAGUUCGAGUUGUUGCUUUCUUCUUGUUGCGAUAAGUCUGUCGAACGCUCGCUCGUGUUUGGGAGCAAGUGGGAAGUCGACUGGUUUCGCCUUGGAUCGGCUGAUAGUGGCGAAUUGGGAUUGUUACGCCGCCAAGUGCGGCGAGCCGCCCGAUGCACUCCAGAACAUCAACGUGAUAGCGUUCUUUCGAAGCUAAGCGUCAACGGAGUGGUGCGCUAUGCGGCUAUCGACGCCGGUUACCGUUCUGCUCGCUUGGGCAGCUAGCUACGCUUUGGUAUGCCGUGGUGAUGCCGAACAUGCCAGUCCGGAGAGUGGCGCGGUCCGGCGACACAGGAGCGCUCAGUCCGCAGCGUCGAGCGGCCGGGAGUCGGCGGCAUCGUCACACCGCUAUCUGGAUAGCUGGGCGGUGGAAAUCGACGGCGGAGAGAUGCGGGCUCGCUCCGUCGCGUGGGACCAUGGCUUUGACAUGGUGGAAAAAUCCGACUGGCUAGGCAACGUAUAUCACUUUCAGUUGCGCGAUUCCAGCAGGCGACACCGGCGGAACAUCAAUGCCAGGGCUAUUGCGCAGCUAAGAAGCAUGGCACCUCUACACGGCCAUACACACCGGCUAAAUUCUGACUCAAGAGUACGCUGGGCAGAGCAGCAGCACGUGCAGUCGCGCACUAAGAGAUCCGUUGUGGAGCUGCCCAGCGAUCCGAUGUUCAACAAGCAGUGGUACUUGCACAACACAGGACAGACUCGCAGUCCUGCGGGAUUCGACCAUGACGUUCUGCCGGUGUGGAAUCAAGGGUUCACCGGGCGUGGCGUCACCAUGACGAUUGUGGAUGAUGGAGUCGAGCGCACCCACCCGGACCUUGUCGACAACUAUUCCAAGCACCUGAGUCAUGACUUCAACAACGGCGAUGAAGACCCGUCGCCGCGUUACGAUGGUGCAGGCACAAACAAACACGGUACCCGCUGUGCUGGUGUGGCCGCAGCGGCUAGGAACAAUAUCUGUGGUACGGGAGUGGCGUAUGGUUCCAAGAUCGGCGGUGUGCGAUUGCUGGAUGGACGAGUGACGGAUCUGCUCGAUUCGAAUGCCAUCAGCCUGCGGCCACAGCAUAUUGAUAUCUACAGCAACAGCUGGGGUCCCACCGACAACGGUAUGACGGUCGGUGGUCCCGGUAGAGUUACUCGCCGUACACUCUCCGCCAACAUCCUCAAGGGAAGGGAUGGCCUGGGUUCCAUUUUCAUGUGGGCGUCGGGAGUGGGCGGCUUCCACGGGGACAGCUGUGCCUACGACGGCUUCAUCAACAGCAUCUACACCAUCGCCAUCAGCGCGGGUACGGACGGAGCGCAUGCGCCGUGGUACGCCGAGCCUUGUGCCGCCGUGACAGCCACCGGGCUCAGCAGCGGUAACCCGCUCAGCAAGAAAGUGGUAAGCACUGACUUGCAUCAGUCCUGCACUGACCAGUUCUCUGGAACGUCAGCAGCUACACCCAUGAUGGCUGGUGUUGUCGCUCUCAUACUGCAGGCAAGACCUCAUCUGACAUGGCGUGAUGUUCAGCACAUCAUUGUACUGACGUCACGACCCAACAUUCUACACGGCAGUUCCUCGAAUGCACAUGCUGAACAAGAAUGGGUCACUAACGCUUGUGGUCGUCGUGUCAACCCCUGGUUUGGCUAUGGUGUGAUCAACGCCACUGCCAUGCUGGAGCUGGCCAAGCGAUGGCUGACGGUUCUGCCACUGCAUAGCUGUUACACAAAGGCGUACAACAAGCACAGACCAAUCAGCAUGGACGGCAUAAAGAUUCAGAUCACGACUGAAGGUUGCCGUGGCAAAGCGGGCGAGGUCACCGUCCUGGAGCAGGUGCAGCUGGUGCUCAGCAUGAAGUCCAACUAUCGCGGCGCCAUCAUCGGUUAUCUCACCUCACCGCAAGGCACACGAGUACAGAUCGUGUUCCGCCGUCACGUGGAUCACUCCAGCGCCGGUCUGCACAAGUGGCCGUUCACCAGCACGUUCACGUGGGGAGAGGACCCGCGCGGCACCUGGACCUUGGAGCUGCGCACAACGAAGCAGAACGCCCGCAGCGUCCUGGAGCGAGCACAACUGGUCCUGCACGGAACGUCCGGUGUUCACGCACACUACGCUAAGUUGGCAAAGAGCGACGGCGGUAUGACGUGUAGUCAGGCAAGCGGCAAGGUCGGGGGAAGUCCCGUUGACUCUAAAUAAUCCCCGCAGCACACCCACUCCUCUGGCAGCAGUGAUUUCUUUUAACUCCAAUGCAAAAUGUGAUAUGACAUUCUUCUUCUUUGGGUGGUGUGAGAAUGUUAUGCUGCGCAUCACGUUACUCCACUCCCGCCUGCAAUAUUCCUAAGGGUGUGCAGACUCCACUGUGGCCACUUUAUGUUUCACACAAUUAUACACCAAAUUCUAUGGAAGACUUUGUAGCCGAGAGACUGCUUUUGGGUAGUGGUGUAUGACUGUGUGAAACGGCCUGCAAUCUGCCUUGCGUAUUAGCCCACUUUCCCUGUGCACUCUGCAUGUAAAUUAUGCUGGACUUCUCACACUGUGUGCACACAUCCUUGCCGAUUCUAGCGACACGUCUUACACAUUCUCAGUAUUGCAUUCUCUGCUUUUUCUGCCAAUUUACUUACUGACACAUAAUACUUCUAAUAUCAUGUCAUUAUCUACAAGUAAGCAAUUCACACUAUCAGAAAGUAUUCAACAUGGCGUCAUCUAUUCAUUCCAGCAUACUUGUACAAGAUAAUAUGAUCAUGUUCAGCCAGCUCUAUUCAUCUCCCGCAGUUUGUUGCAUUCCUUGGAGUUUUCACUAGCGCCAGGUUUGAAAAGGUGGUUGCCAGGGGCAUUGUUUGGUA